AUGAGUGGCAACAAUAAUUUUUUGAGAGAUUAUUUGUACGGAUGCGAUGAUGACGAUGAUAUGAUUCAAAUUCUAGCCUUCAAACGUGAAAGAGAAAAACUCGAGGCACAAGGUGAAAACUCCCGACAAUCACGGACAUCUAUUGAUCGUGACACUCUGCAAGGGCAUCAACGCUUAUUCAAUGAUUAUUUUGCUACACCGCUAGUUUUUCCAGAUCAAAUAUUUCGUAGGAGAUUUCGAAUGAGAUGUGAGUUAUUCAUGCGGAUUCACUCGGCAGUGGAAGUACAUGAUCCAUACUUUCAACAAAAAAUAAAUGCGGCUGGAAAAUUAGGUUUGUCAUCUCUUCAAAAAACAACUGCGACACUGCGGAUAUUGGCGUAUGGGGUAACGGAUGAUUUCAUGGAUGAGUAUAUACGGAUUGGAGAAAGCACAACCCAUAAAAGUUUGAGGCACUUUGUUGAUGCAAUCAUUGAUAUAUUUGGUACAGAGUAUCUACGAAAGCCAAACUCGGAUGACAUUGCAAAAUUGCUUCAAGUCGGUGAAGCUCGUGGCUUUAUAGGAAUGUUGGGUAGUAUCGAUUGCAUGCAUUGGAAAUGGAAAAAUUAUCCAACUGCUUGGAAAGGUAUGUUCACAGGUCAUUGUCAUGAACCUACACUUAUCUUAGAAGCUGUAGCAUCUUACGAUUUAUGGAUUUGGCAUGUAUUCAUUGGGUUAUCGGGAUCACAUAAUGAUAUCAAUGUGUUAGAACGAUCACAUGUGUUUUCUGAAAUAACAAUAGGCGAGCGCCCUUCAGUUAACUACUCGAUUAAUGGUCACGACUACAAUAUGGGUUAUUAUGUAGCUGAUGGGAUCUAUCAUCUAUGGGAAACAUUUGUCAAAGCAAUUACAUUACCAUUGAAUCGUAAGACCAAAUAUUUCACUACUGCUCAAGAAUCUUUUAGAAAGGACGUUGAACGUGCUUUGGGUGUGCUACAAGCCAAAUUUGCAAUUGUCGGUGGUCCUGCACGGUUUUAUGACCGUGCCACAAUCAAGAACAUCAUGUUGGCAUGUAUUAUCACGCACAAUAUGAUUGUUGAGGAUGAGCAGGAAGUUCACCAACAACCGAAUAUCUCUAAAUAUAAACAAAUUCCUUCAAGUCCUCCGAUUCCCAUUGUAACACGCACUUAUACUUCAGAACUUAUGAACUUUAUGCAAUCCCUCCAACUCGAUUGA